ACCAUGAAAUAUCGAUCGCGCCGCUUCGCGCUUCUAUCACGCCGUCGCCUGAGUAGCGAUUGAAACCUUCGCCAUCGAUUCAAGGUUCCUGCACUCCGCCCGGGCUUCUCCUUGUUCUUCUUGAUCGAGAUCAAUCGUGUCUCCUGCAGAGGGACUCCGAUCGGGGGUUCCGGUUCGGCCUGGAGGAGCACGUCCGUGGCCACCUCGACGGCAGCAUGACCGCCGCGCUCACUUCCUCCUCCUCCUCCUGCGCCGGCUUUUGCGACAACGACGACGACGGCAAUGCCUCCCCCACAGCCGCGGCCGACCAUCUCGCUGCCCGCAGCGCUGAGUCCUCGGCCUCUGAUCGUCGUUAUUCGCGGGAUUUCAGCCGCUGGGUCGCGCGCCAGGCGGAGGAGAUGAUCAUCAACAUCGAACGGCGGAACCGCGAGUCGGAGCUCAUGGCCAUCGCCGGCCUCCACUUGGUGUCGAUGCUCGAUCCUUCCUUCCUUAGGGAGUCCGGCAGGUCGCCACUGGCCACGUCCAACGUGGAGCGGCCGGUGGCCGCUCGCGCUUCCUCGAUCCUACAGAUGUGGCGGGAGCUAGAGGACAUGACGAGUGCCGCAAGGACAGAGCGGAGGACCACCGUCGCAGCGUCUGCAGAUGGCUCGGUUUCUGUGAGCGAGAGUGACUAUAAUGGGUAUGACCAGUGGACUCGCAGAAAUAUAGAUUCGUUGCAAAGACCCGGUGAGAUAGAUGCAGAUGAUCUGAGGUCAAGUCGGGAGCAAUCUCCUGACCCUGGCGAAGAUGCUAGAGAGAGGGUGCGGCAAAUUGUACGUGGAGAGCCCGGGAUUGCAGAAACAGAAUCUAGAGUCUCACCCAGGAAUCAUACCCAAAGGGCGCAGUGGCUUGGGGAGAUUGAGAGGGAGAGGGUGAGAUUGGUGAGAGAGUCGGUGCAGAUGACUAGCCAGCGGCAGAGAGAUGCCCGAACUAGCAGGAGGGAGGAGAGGGAGAGGGAGGGGGUAAGGGAUGGGUCUGAUACGGAUCACGAGUAUGGCCAAGCAGAGCAUGUCAGAAGGGAGUUGCUGAGGCCGAGAGGCAGGCAGGCCGGACUUGAGCGAAUCAUGAGGAGGAUGGCAGCAGAGAGGCAGAGGGAGCUCCAGAUUUUGUCUGAGCAUCGGCCGGUUUCCGAGUUUGCUCACCGCAGCCGCAUUCAAUCAUUACUCAGAGGAAGAUUCUUAAGAAAUGGUGAAGUGGUACAAGAUGAUCAAGAGAGGCCACCUUCAGCAGCUGAAAGAGAAUUAGGUCAGUUGAGGCAACAUCGUCAUGUCUCUGCUCUAAGAGAGGGGUUGCACUUCCAAUUGGAGAAUAUUGUUUGGGGUCAAAGUACAAGCCAGCCUGAAUCUUCAGCUGACCAAAGCAUUUCUGCUGCCGAUCAAUCUCAAGCAGGCAUUGUUACAGAGUUACCCAAUUACAACCAUGAAGAGGUUCUAAAUAGGAUCCAGGAUAGUGAUGUUCACCAAACAACAGGGAGAGAAGAGACACCUGAGUCGGAGAGUGGUAGUCAUGAUGAUACUCUUGACAUGCAAGAAUAUGCUGCUGCUGAGGUAGCUGGACUGCAAAAUGAAGAUGCAAGGCAUGAGAGCAGAGACCGGGAACCGAAUACAAACGGUGGUUUUGGUGAUCGGCAAGAAGAGGUCAGGGAAGACUUCAAUGGAAACUGGCAGGAAAACAUGGACCAAGAUUGGCCCCAUGAAACAGCUGGGUAUGAUGUUGGAGGAGAGAGUCAUCUGCCACGAGUUCAUGAAGAAUGGCAUGAGGAUGAACCUGCCGAUACUGAAGAAACCUGGCAGGACGAACACACAGAUCCCCUAAUAGAUCAAAGGUCUUCUAGUCCACCUACAAGUGGCAACAGAUUUAUUCCACCUGAUGAUGAAGUAUACAAUGUGGAACUCAGGGAACUCCUUAGCAGGAGGAGCGUAUCCAACCUUCUUCGCAGUACGUUCCGUGAAACUUUAGAACAGCAGUUGAUAGAAUCCUAUAUUGAACAACAAGGUAGACUUUCAUUUGAUUGGGAUCUGUAUAGACCACCGGUUGCCCCCAUUCGGGAGGAAACUCAGGACCAACGACAGGACGAUUCAGAUCAGGCCAUUCAGGAUAGCACUGCAGGGCGGUCUAAUGUGUUUCAACCUCCACCUUUGCCGCCACCACCACCACCACUAUGGCACUCGAACCUGCAUCACAACACUUGGGAACGGGAUGCUAUUAAUGACUUGAGGGCAGAAAUGACUAGCCUACAACAAGGGAUGAGUGAGAUGCAGAGGAUGUUGGAAUCUUGCAUGGAUAUGCAAAUAGAGUUACAGCGCGCGGUUAGACAGGAAGUUUCUGCAGCUUUGAAUCGAUCUGCUGGAGAAGGGUUUAUUGAAAAAUCAUCUAAGGAUGGAUUCAAGUGGAGUCAAGUAAGGAAAGGGACAUGUUGUGUCUGUUGCGACAAUCAUAUCGAUUCCCUUCUCUACAGAUGUGGGCACAUGUGCGCUUGUUCAAAGUGUGCUCAUGAGCUACUUGGAAGGGGAGAAAGGUGUCCACUGUGUCGUGCACCUAUCGUCGAAGUCGUCCGAGCCUACUCUAUUCUGUAGUACAUGAACUUGGACACGACAAAGAAAAAAAAUGAGUUGAGCGAUUGACAUAUGUUCAUGAGCGUUAGAAUUUUUUGUUGUCGAUAUAUAUGUCUUCGCUUGCUGCAUUUUUUUAGUGAGCAGCAAAAUG